GGAAGUUUCUUGGCGUUUUUAAGAGAAAAAAUCAUGGGUUCCAGAGUUAAUAUAAUUGUUUCUUACAACGGUGUUUGGGAACAGAAAGGAGAAAAAUGGAAUUUCAAAGCUGGUUCGAACACUAUAAUAUAUGUACCAAUUGAUGUUGGUUACAUAGAAUUAUUGGAGAAGUUGUAUUCAAAGUUGAAAGUGGAUAGGUCAUUGUUUGACUUAAAGUUGGAAGUGCCGUUUACAUGCAAUGAUUUUAGUGUAGAUCCCAUUGAAAUCACAGAUGAUGAAGGAGUUAGUGCUCUUAUUCUUGAAAAUUCAAAGUCCUUAAAACAUCGGGUUCCUUUAUGCGUUAGUUCGAUUGCAAAGAACAUUGCUCUUAUUGAUCCAUCUCCUAGAGCGAGUGUUAAUAUGGAAAAUCAUAAUCAAUCAUGCACGGCUAUUCCACAAACAGCUACUGGGCCAAGUGUAUGCAUGGGAGGUCCUAGUCAUAAUGAAACUUUUUUUCCCCCAACAAAUCUCCCGCAUGAUGAUGGGUAUGAGUAUGAGCCUUAUGUCAAUGACGAUCCAGUUGCCCUUUUCGGUGAUGAUGAUGAAAGAGUUGAGGGGUGCAGUAGUUCUGAUGAUAACUCAGAGGAUCAGUUGUCGAUGCUACAUGUGGUUCAAGUAGAUAAUUUAAAUGUACGACCAUUGCCAAGUCGUCAAGAAAGCCAAGGACGGAGGACUGCUGGAUCAGAGAGCAGUCAUCCAACUACACAAGAUGAUGGAAAUAGAUGGAGUUCUCCAGCAGGGACACUGGAAGCAUCCUACCAGAAGUUACCAUCGUACCUGUUCAUGCUUCAACAGAAAAAUCCCGGGACGUUGACAGAUUUUGUCACUGAGGAAGAUCGAUUCAAAUAUUGCUUUUUCUCACUCGGAGUUAGUAGAAGAGGGUUUCGUACAUGUCGUCCUGUGUUAUGUGUGGACGGUACCUUUUUAAAGACAAAAUACGGUGGGCAGAUGUUAUGUGCAGUCGCACUGGAUGCAAAUAACCAUCUAUAUCCAGUUGCAUUUGGUAUUGUGGAUAGUGAGAAUCAUGAUUCUUGGAAGUAUUUCAUGUCAAAGCUAAAAGAAGCGAUUGGGGAAGUCGAGGACCUGGCGUUUGUAUCUGACAGGCAUGCAAGUAUUACACAUGCCUUGGAAACUAUUUUCCCCGAUGCCUAUCACGGUGCUUGCUACCACCACAUUAGUAUGAAUGUGGUUGCUAAAUUCAAGACUGAUCAUUGUCAUGUGUUGAUGUAUAAUGCGGCAUAUGCUUUUAGGAAAUUCAAACAUGAAAACCGAAUGUCUUACCUUACCGUGGCCGGAGAUGGAGAAGACGGUGGCGACGGCGACUGUGGGGAGAGAGAGAGCUUCGCCUGA